AUGCGGGCCACUACGAACAGCGAAAGUCUCCCUGAAGAGGUCUUGCUUGAAAUAGUCAAACUUGUUGCAACUGAAAGCCAGCAGACCAUGCGCAACCUCUCACUUUGUAAUAGACAGCUUCAUCGCCUCACUACACCUGAACUUUAUCGCAAUGUACGUCUCGCUGAGAUGCCAGAUAUAGGGCUCUUCUUCCGAUCGCUAUGCUACCAACACGAUCUGGCACGUUACAUCCACUCGGUCAGCAUUACCGCCUACGACUACCCUAUUUUGCCUUACCGGGAAGAUUUUCAUGUUGGAAGCGAACUUAUCGAGAGUUGCAGCCCUUUACUCUUCAGUGAUACUAGUGCGCGGUUCUCUGAAUUUCUCGCCUUGACGGAUGCAGAACUGACAGCUGCCCUGCUUUCCCAUGACGACGAAGGUCUCUGGCUUGCCUUUCUAGCCCUACAGCUCCCUUGCUUGAGAGAGAUCAAAUUGGUGGUGAAUGCACCAGUCCUCUACCUUGGAGACCUGUUUGAAUUUGCUGUCACGAACGGAACCGAUCUCAAUCUCUUUCGCUCUCUAUCGACGAUCGAAAUGAGCGUUGGUGAUGAGGUGGAGCUACUUCCUUUUCUCCGCCUGCCGUCCUUGAGAACUUUCAAGGUGGCCAGAAUUGUGGGUGGAGGUGCCAUGGACAUGUCUCUCGUCUCCCAGCUCCGAUCUCUGGAUCUUCGCUGGGCUUUUGAAGACGUCGGAGACAUUUUGGCGCUGCUCGGAGCUUGCCGUCAUCUUCAAACUCUCCGAAUACUCCGACGCUUUGGGGAUGACGAAGGCGCCGAGUACGCCAUUCUCGGAUUGCUUGCAAAUUCCUGCAGCGACUCUCUCGAAGAACUUGACCUUUUGUCGUGGAAUGUGUCGACACGCCCGAGACGGGUCGAGAUGGCGCGAUUCGUCAACUUGACGAGGCUCAAGAUCCCUUCAACAAUGAUCCUAACACCACCAGCCGGAGAUACACGUUCCUCCGAUACACAUUCAGGAAAUGGUCUUCUUCCAUUGCCAAAGGUCCGCGAGCUGACUCUCUACCUCAUGAACAAAUCCGGGCCACUUGAGCACGUCUGGUCGGCGGUACUAUCUUUCAUCACCAACGAAAUGCUAGCACCGAUGCUCACGACACUAUCUCUUGAAUGGCUGAACAACCAAAUCGACAUGGAGCAAGAAAGGGCGGCGCUAAGGGCGCUGGCGGUAGCGGCUCGCAGACGGGGACUUCAAUUGCGCCUCGAGGCGAAAAGCACCCUUUCUUUCUUUCCCGGAAGAGAUUACCUGGUUUUGGAUGAUGAUGCUGAGGACGAGCAGUCGGGGAUUUUUCAGAUAAGGAUGGAGUGA